AUGUCCACUUCGAAUAGAUCACCUUAUCCAACACGGAGUCGUAGUCGUCGUCUAGCACAAGAGCAACGUCACGGCGAAGAAGAAGACGACGACGAGGCUGACGAAUCCAUGAGAAUGCCGGACGAAACCACUACGCCCACUGCGGCUGAUGGACACGAGGCUAGGCACCGAAAUCGUGGCCUUUACACUCCUAGCAUGCCUUCUGGUGCAACUCCGGAUGCCCCCAAUGUCAGUGCUCGUGCGGAUCGGAUCAAUCGAUUGCCCCGAACAUCCCUAGGAUCUGUUGGAAGUGCGGGAAGUGGAAGCUUUCGUCUCGGCCAAGGUCUCCUGCACGCACGGUUAAGUCCAAUGAAUGCGAGCAGUGCGAAUGCUGCUGGCAGUGGUGGUAACAACGCGUCGAUGCAGCAGCAACAGCAACUGUCCACCCCGUCCAUAUCUCCAGCAUCCACUUCAUCCUCCAUGUCCUUUUCCAUGCCUUCCUCUGUGUCCGCAAAUAAGCCCAAGCGAUUCUUUCCUGCCGUUCCAACAACGCGGGAAGCUGAAUCGGAGCAAGAAGCAGAUAUGCAUAUUGAUGUACCCAGCCAAAAACAACAAAAGGCGAUUAUUGGAAAGGAAGAGUAUUUGGAUGGAAUGCCCAUUCAUCAACUUCGAUCGCUUGCUCAACAACAGCAUUCUGCUAAAAUAUCUGUAUUUUAUGCUGGCAUUGUCUUUGCCAAGACACAAAAACCGUCGGAUGCCUAUCUAUAUGCCUCCUUGCUGGUGGAAAAUAAGGAAUACAAGCGAGCCGUCCGACUCUUGGAAACCAAUGGAUUGCUGCAUUACACCUAUUCCAAAAUCAAACCACUGGCGUCCGCUUCUAGUAUUGGCGCGCAGGCACUCAUUCUUCCAGCUACACUUUUGGCUGCUCGGGCCUUGUCUCAUUUGGAAGAAUGGCAAUCCAUGUUGACCCUUUUGGAAGACAAUAUUUUGUACACUACCUUGGCCAACUUGACUGCCAAUCUGUCUCAAACUGCACAACAUGCGGGACUAGUGUUGGAAGACGAUGAUGACAUUGCCUGGAUGGCAUUGGGAGAACAAGUCCUGCAAUAUCAGCAGCAACAACAACAACAACAGCAAUCACAGCAAGGAUCCAACGGCUACGGUGGUACUCUGCCUCCCAUGAAUGAGAUUCAUCCGCUAGCCUUGCUUUUGAAUUUGCGAGCGACCGCGUAUUCGAAAACAGGACAUCCCCUUCGGGCAUCCAUCUUUUGGAGAAAGACGCUGCAACUGGAUCCCAAGUGUGUUCCUGCCUUGGACGGGUAUCUGGAGUCGACAUCUGUCUUGGAUUCUCAGUCGGCUUUGACACCACAGCAAUUGGUGGACUCUCUUUCAUUUCCGCCUCAUUUUGAAUUCUUGAAGGAUUUCUAUUUGGCCAAGUUGCUGGGUGGGAUUUCGUCUCGUGGGAAUGCUAAAGAUGACAUCAAUAAAAUGGAUACUACACAAAAUUCCACUCCCUUUUGGCAUGACGAAACUUCGAGUAUCCAACUCACGUCACCCAGGAAUGCAUUGACGCCCAACAAUCAGAAUGAUACUUUGGAUUUCAGCAUAUCCGCGAGGUCCAUGGAUUUCAAAUCGCACGGCAAAGCGAAAGAAGAUGGCAAAAAUGAAAACUCUAGUGCCUUGGAUCAGUUAUGGACAACCCACAAAUUGCAAAAGUCGUCCGAGGUCCUUGCAAUGGCAGCCGAAAAGGCAUACCAGCAACACGAUUUUCGCAAGGCCCUCAAGUUUUGCGAAGAGCUUUCCAAACUGGACCCGCUCUGUCCCACUGCUGGAUACACCUAUGUCGCUACUUUGGUCAGUCUUCAAAAGAAACGACCUCUCUUUUCACUUGCUCAUGAGUGGGUAGAUGCCGCUCCCAAAUCAAGCAAGGCAUGGUUUGCUGUGGGUGCCUACUACUAUGCCUGUCAACGUUACCAUGUCGCACAACGACAUUUCUGUCGAGCUACUCGUCUGGACCCUCAUUCUCCAGAAGCUUGGAUUGCCUUUGGAACUUCGUUUGCCAUGUGCGAUGAGAGUGAUCAAGCUCUGGCCAGUUUUCGGGCCGCCCAACGGCUCAGUCCAGGGGAUGCCACUUCAUUACUCUACAUUGGUAUGGAAUAUCUGCGGACCAAUCAUCUGGUGCUGGCGCAUCAUUUUUUGCAAGCGUCACACCACGCCAAUCCUCACGAUCCUUUGGUCUGCAACGAGAUUGGAGUCUUGUACAUGACGACUAGUUUCCAAAAUACCGACUAUGAUGUUACGCCAACUCAAAAGUAUGAAAUGGCCAUUGAAUGGCUAACGAAAGCACUGGUACUGGCCACUGGCCAUGUCAGCUUACCGCGGGGAGACAAUGAACAAAACGAAGAAGUUACUACCCUUAUGGAAUUGUUCCAGUCGACCUCGCUGCAAACCAUGUCAAACGGUACCUACUGGGAACCCACACUCUUCAACUUGGCUAUUGCGCAUCGCAAACUGAAAAAUUACAAGGUGGCAAUUGAAUGUUUGACGGUUUGUCUGAGCUGGAAGGAAUCGGCCAGUGCUUACGCCGCUCUGGGAUACUGUCAUCACUUGAAACAUUUUUCGAAACAAACCAAAUCGGAUCAUUGGUCCUACGCCGAUGAGGAGGAUGACAGCACUGGAGGACAUCAUAUUCACAUGGCCAUUGAACAUUAUCAUCAGAGCCUGUCUCGCAAACCAGAUGAUCCAUUUUGCACGGAAAUGCUGCAACGGGCUCUAUCCGACGCCUUGGAGGAACAAGUGUUCCUUCCUCCAACCGAUGAUGAGACUGUGGUUCGCGAUAAGGAUGACGAUAAGUUGGAAAUGAACAAGAUGCAAAAUCGUGCCUCGGCAGCAGCCGCAUCAGCAAUGACUCCAACAAACAACAAUGAUCAGUCAUCCAUGAUGCUCACUGUAAAUGAUGAUGGUGGAUUUUCAUUCUCCAUUGAUCAAGAUGAUGACAGCGACGUAGAAAUGGGGUAA